AUGGAGGUGGACAAAUGCAUCCACACCUUAACUGAGAGCUUCAAGCCCUUUGCACCCGAAGCUCGCCCAGGUGAUUGGUUACUGGACCACUAUGCAGACCGUCUCCACUUUGACGAGGCCAAUCCUUUAACUGUGCUGGCUGCAACUGAUGGCUCUGUCCCUCAGUCCAACCAGUAUCAGGCGGCUUUGGCUGUUAUAAUCUACAAGGGACAUUGUGAGCUCGAAAGGACUCACUACGUCUCUGGCAGAGUCACUGCCCCUGAUGCAGAACUCAAUGCCAUCUUGUGUGCAGUGCGCCUUGCUGUUAAGCAGGCAAACUGCCAACAUAUUAUGGUCUUUACCGACUCUAUGGGCUCAGCCCACAGAGCAGUGGACCCUUCCGUGCACUCUGGUCAGGCUUUUAGUCUGUCAGUUUGUCGUGCUCUCCAGGAGUGGUUUGAGGCAGAUGAUCUCUGCCACAUCACCUUUGUUUACGCUCCAUCUGCUCUGCGGUGGGACAUCCAUGGUGAGGCACACAAGUACGUCACCGAACUCAAGGACCCAACCUACCAAGGCUCUGAAUUCUUAGAGCUUCAACAGCCUGACAGGCGGCUGAUACAGCCAUCGUACCUCAAUGGGGGACCUUGGCUUUCAACAUCCAGACACAGUAUCACUGAGUUCGCUCGCGUUUGCCGGUGUAUAACUGGCCACGCACCCAUUGGAGCGUACUACCGUCGCUUCAAGAUUAAUGAGCCUCAUGGCUGCACUUGCAGGGCUGCUCCGCAGUCUCACCAGCACGUUCUCUUUCGCUGCCAUGAUCAAUACUCUGUACACUAUCCCCGUUUUCUCAGGGAUAUUGCAUCGUUUAUGAAGUACAACCCCACGGCAUUUGGCUUCAACCGAGAUCCUUUGGGUGUCGGAUAA